AUGUCACAACCAAAAGGUUUCGAAGACAAUCUUCAUCUGGAUCAUGUCUGUCGUCUGCAUAAGGCUAUAUACGGCUUGAAGCAAGCUCCAAGACAGUGGUACAACAAGUUUACCUCAUUUCUUGCAUCCCUUGGCUUUUCGCACAGCAAGGCCGACCCUUCUCUCAUGAUAUAUCGGCAAGACAAGAUUCAAAUCUUCUUGCUAAUAUACGUCGACGACAUACUAAUUACCGGAAAUAAACAGGAAUGUAUCAGCUCCAUUCUCACCAAAUUAAGCAACGAAUUUUCCAUGAAGCACCUCGGGCAAGCCACGGAAUUUCUAGGAAUCAAAAUUCAAAAACUCAGUAACUCUUACUUCUUAUCUCAAACUAAGUAUGCUUUAUCUAUACUUACUUUGGCUGAUCUUUCCAGGUGUAAUCCCCUUGCUAAUCCAACGUGUACAAAGCCUCCAGCUCACUUCAAUGCCGAGCCAUUUCUUGCAGAUCCGGCUCUGUAUAGAAGAAUAACAGACUCACUUCAGUAUCUCACGCUUACGCGGCCGGACAUAGCCUUCAGUGUCAACAUGUUAUCUCAACACAUGCACGAUCCAAAGCCGCUUCAUAUUUACAUGCUCAAGAGACUUCUUAGAUAUAUCAAAGGAACGCUAGAUUUUGGGUUACCUAUCACCAAAACUAACGUGCUUUUGAAAUCCUUUUCAGAUGCGGAUUGGGCCGGUGAUCCAAUCACAAGAAGAUCCACCUCCGGUUAUUGUUCCUUUUUGGGUGAUACCCUCAUAUCCUGGACGGUUAAAAAGCAACGCACGGUGUCCCACUCUUCCACAGAAUCAGAAUAUCGUGCACUAGCAGCCUUGACUGUCGAUAUUAUUUGGCUCAGAAAGCUUCUCACAGAGUUCGGGAUCAAUCAAGACUACGCGACAGACCUCUACUGUGACAACAUGUCCGCGAUAGCACUUGCCAACAAUCCCAUAUUUCACUCCCGCACAAAGCACAUUGAGAUAGAUCAAAAGUUUUUAAGAGAUCAAAUUCAGCAGAACAACAUUCGGCUACAUCCGAUUAGCACUCUUGAUCAAAUAGCGGAUAUCUUUACCAAAUCUUUGUCAACACCUCGUUUUCAUCAACUCAGACUCAAAUUGACGGUCUGCCAAGACCCAUCAAUUUGCUCGGGCGUAUUAGAACAAACAAACAAGUCUACUGUGUAG